ACUACACUUCCUUGUAUGUCAAUCAAGUACCCGGAACAGUCGGCGGGGUUGCCGUGGUUCCGAUCUGGGGAUUCCUGUUCGUUUCCUGCAGCAGAGAGUGGAGGUGGUACUGUGCGUGAGACCAGGAAUAUUAAACAACAUCGUAACCUCAACCAACUUUACUAUACAAUGAAAUUUACUGCCUUUCUACCCUCUUCUGAAAUCCACUGCUUCACGAUAUUAUUGGUAGCGGGGCUCUACACUCCGGUGAGAAGUGAAAUAACCAGCCUCGAUCCAGGAAACAUCGACGAGAUCUUAAACAAUGCUGGAGUUGCAUUAGUGAAUUUUUAUGCAGACUGGUGCCGGUUCAGUCAGAUGCUGCACCCCAUCUUUGAGGAGGCCUCCAAUGUGGUCCGUGAAGAGUACCCCGACCUCACGCAGGUGGUGUUUGCGCGUGUGGACUGCGAUCAACACUCCGACAUUGCGCAGCGUUACCGCAUCAGCAAGUACCCCACCCUCAAGCUCUUUCGCAAUGGCAUGAUGAUGAAGAGGGAGUACCGGGGUCAGAGGUCGGUGUCGGCCAUCGCUGACUUCAUCCGCCAGCAGAAGGUGGACCCAGUGAAGGAGGUGCAGAGCCUGGAGGAGAUCACCACUAUUGACCGAAGUAAACGCACCAUCAUUGGUUACUUCGAGCAGAAGGACACGGAGAAUUACCACACGUUCGAGAAGGUGGCCAACAUCUUACGGGAUGACUGCGUCUUCCUGGCUGCCUAUGGGGAUGUGUCCAAGCCAGAGAGGUUCAGUGGAGACAAUGUGAUCUACAAGCCAAUUGGGGAGACUGUGCCAGACAUGGUUUUCCUGGGUUCGCUCACCAACUUUGACUUGACGUAUGCUUGGGCCCAGGACAAGUGCGUGCCCCUGGUGCGCGAGAUCACCUUUGAGAAUGGCGAGGAGCUCACUGAAGAGGGGAUCCCCUUCCUCAUCCUCUUCCACCAGAGGGAGGACGGCGAGAGCCUGGAGAAGUUCCAGCAUGAGGUGGCCCGGCAGCUCAUCAGUGAGAAAGGAUCCAUUAACUUCCUCCACGCCGACUGCGACAAGUUCCGCCACCCCCUGCUGCACAUCCAGAAGACCCCGGCCGACUGUCCCGUCAUCGCCAUAGACAGUUUCCGCCACAUGUACGUCUUCCCGGAGUUCAGCGACUUGGCGGUUCCUGGAAAGCUGAGGCAGUUUGUUCUGGACCUGCACUCUGGGAAGCUGCAUCGAGAGUUCCACCACGGCCCAGACCCCACCGACAGCACCCCGGGCCAGGAGGAAAACAAAGAGGGUCCCAGCAACCCCCCUGAGAGCUCCUUCCAGAAACUGGCCCCCAGUGAAACCCGCUACACCAUCCUCAGCAGGGACCGCGACGAGCUGUAGCCCGACACCCAAACGGACCGACCGACAGACAGACAGACGGACGGACGGACAGACAUGGGACAGCAGCACAGUAGAAUACCAUCAUCAGUCCCACAGUGGGGGAGCGGGGUCCGACCUCACAGCGACAAGGGGAAUAACCUAUAUUUUCAUAAAUCUCGACGUGUACAAGUUUUAUUUUGGAUAAUAAGGAGGAAAAAAAAAAAACAACCGCCAAGAACAGGUUCUCUGGGGAGGAGGGAUGGGGUGAGGAAUUGGGGUUGGGGGGCGGGCAGGGGGGGAGAGAAACCAUUUUUACUUUUAUUUUUGGAGCUUGUAAAUAUGUUUGUGCUGAGUGGGUCAGUUUCUAUGUGAUCCUAAUCUAAAUUAAAUGCUGAGUUAGUUUUUGUUUUUCCACAUUUUUUUUGUCUACCAAGUUUUUUCUAAGAAAAAAAAAAUUCAAGAUCAAGAGAAGGAGACGCCCGCAGAUGGGGUCAGCCCACUUGAACGAAACGGUCUUGGCAUUUAAAGCUCAGCGCAGUUCUGGAUCUGUUGGUGUCGCAUCAAAAGUCGCUGUUAGGGAGCGAAACCAUUCAUUGUCCGACUCUCCAGAUUUGAGUGCCCAUACUUUUAAUCUGUAUUUAUACAUAUGUACAGUUCCUUCCCAAAUAUCCAGAGGUAAUGAUAGUGUCUCAUUACAGCUCAUUCCACGUGGGGGGGAGGGGGGGGGUGGGAGGAAGAGUGAGGGGCAGGGGUCCAUUUUUGAAUCGUCAUCUCAAAAAGAGGAAGGAAAAAAAUGAAAAAGUAAAUUAAAACAUUUUACAAGA